UGUCCUCUCCCUGUAGGGAAGUCCCACCUGGCCAUCGUGCAGAAGGUGAACAAUGAGGGCGAAGGUGACCCCUUCUACGAGGUGCUGGGCCUGGUCACCCUGGAGGAUGUCAUCGAGGAGAUCAUUAAGUCCGAGAUCCUGGACGAGUCUGAGGACUACCGAGACACUAUAGUGAAGAAGAAGCCUGCGUCUCUGAACGCCCCUCUCAGGCAGAAAGAGGAGUUCUCCUUGUUCAAGGUGUCUGACGACGACUAUAAAGUGAAAAUCUCGCCUCAGCUGCUCUUGGCCACGCAGCGCUUCCUGUCCCGAGAGGUGGACGUCUUCAGCCCGCUGCGGGUCUCUGAGAAGGUCCUCCUGCACUUGCUGAAGCAUCCCAGCGUCAACCAGGAAGUACGGUUUGACGAGAGCAACCGCCUGGCCGCCCACCACUACCUGUACCAGCGCAGCCGGCCGGUGGACUAUUUCAUCCUCAUCCUGCAGGGCAGGGUGGAGGUGGAGAUCGGGAAGGAGGGCUUGAAGUUCGAAAAUGGGGCCUUCACCUACUACGGGGUUUCUGCCCUGACAGCGCCAUCCUCGGUUCACCAGUCCCCGGUGUCCUCGCUCCAGUCCAUCCGCUACGACCCACCGCCCGAGCCCGCUGACAGCACCCGCUUGUCUGCGUAUUGUCCUGACUACACCGUGAGGGCCCUCUCUGACCUGCAGUUCAUCAAGGUCACUCGGUUGCAGUACCUCAAUGCACUCCUGGCCACCCGCGCCCAGGCGCUGCCACAGUCCCCGGAGAACACAGAGCUUCUGGCCAUCCCUGGCAGCCAGACCAGGCUCCUCGGUGACAAGGCGGCCACAGCCCCAGGAUCCAACCACAGCAGACCGGGUCUCCCAGCAGAGGAGAGCCCCGGGCGGAACCCGGGAGUUUAGCCGCUUGUCAAGCAGCCCCAGGUCUGGGGAAUAGACAAGCACGUGGGGAACUGGAGCAAGCCGGAAAGCAGCUUCCUGCCAGCCCAUCCCGUCCCCUGCGGGCCACGUUUUAGAUGGCCUUGUACGUGCAGGUCCUGGCUGUCCUCCGAACCAGACAUCAGUGCCAGGAGCCUUCAGCAGGUUCUGCCUCCCCACCCCUAGAACACGAGGGUCAGUGGGGGCCAGCCCUCCAGGUCUGCUUCCGAAUGGAGUGAAAGGAACAGCGUCAUCUCCAGUCCCCGGGGCCAGCCUCCCUGUGACAGUGUCUAUACCUCUCCGGCCAGGCCACGAUGUGAGCGCGGUAACUGCCUUCCUGUGGCCGUGACCUGCACUCUCUCUGCUUCAUUUGCCAACCUUCUGCUGCUGGCAGCACCUCUUGAGCAAACUAAGCGCGCCAUGUGGGCUGGGGUUCACAUCCGUGGGCUUGGCCACGCCAGCCUUGCUGGCUUCCCUUAUGACACCAUGCUUCUGAGCAUGCGCCAAAGCUGGAAGCUGUGUCCCUCCAGGCCCGCUGCCUCCCGUGGAGGUGGCUUUUCCUGCCCUGUCCCAAGCCCAGAGCGAGCACACUGGCCCCUGUGGGGUUCAGGAGCCCCUUCUUCCUGCCGCUCCUCCACCUGCCUGGCUCAGUGGCACUAACAGUGUUGUCGUUUUCCAUGUGUUAAGAAGAGGUCACGGGUGGGGGGAAGGGAUUGCUCUGAUGCACCUGAUCCGUUGUCGUCAGAUCCCAGAGUGGGUCGCCGGAGGCCCCCGGGGUGCUGUGUGGCUGGAAAGCGCAUGGAGAGCAGCAGGGGAGGCAGGGCUGGGUGUGGACCAGGUAGACCCCCGUCACCUGUCUUUGGAAAAAAGGUGAAAUCAAAAGUUUUUCUUAGAGCUCUGAGAUGUUUUAAGCUCAUGGCUUUAUUCCCAUUCCAGCUCUCUGGGGCUUCAGAGAAGUGGGAACAAGAAGGCGUUUGUAUCGUCUUCUGGUUACCUACAUCCACCUUCCGUGGUGCUUUAGCUGCGCAGAAACUGGGGCAUCAUGGGGACCCCAGCGAGGGAGGCAGGAGGAUUUCUGAACCUUUCUCAGUGGCAUUUGGGUCCUUAUCCAGGAUCAGUGCGAGUGAAGGCCAAAAUACAGUGGCAUGCUCACUUAGAAACUUCUCAAGGAAUUCUCUCUCAAGAGCAAACCCAGGUGGGAAAUAGAUACUUGAAAAUUUUUUUCUCUCUGCAGAAGAGUGGUGAUUAACCUUGGCUGCACAUUGGAAUCACAUGGCAAGUUAAAAAUACUGCUCCCUGGGCCGCUUCCUCCAACCCACCCACUCACCCAGGGAUUCUGAUUUAGUCCAGGCACCAGGAUUUUAUUCUGUAAAAUUAUUUUAUAUUCACAGAUCACGCCUGCUUCCCUGAAUGUUAACAUCUUCUAUAACCUUGGUGCACUUAUCAAAAUUAAAAAAUUAACAUUGGUACAAAACUAUUAACUAAAUUACAGACUUCAUUUGGGUUUUUAUCAAAUUUUCCAUAAUGUCCGUUUGUGUUGCAGGACCCAACCCAGGACACCAAGUUGCAUUUAGAGCUAUUGCCUUUUUUCCUAUUUUCUACUGUAACUUUUUACUUUGAAAUAAUGACAGAUUCAUAGGAAGUUGCAAGGAUGGAGGUCCCAUGUAUCCUUCCCCGUUUUCCUCCAUGAUUACACGGUCUUACAUAGUUAGAGUGCAGUAUGAAAACCAGGAAUCUGACUCUGCUGCAGUGUGGGUAUGUAGCUCUGUAGCAUCUUAAUCACAUGCAGAUUGUGUAACCACCACUUCAGUCUAGAUACAGAACUGUUCCUCACUAGGACCUCCCUCCAACAGAUGCUCUUAAAGCCACACCCACCCCCUCUGGCCACUACCCGUAAUCCCUGGCAACCACUAAUCUGUACAUCAUCUCUGUAAUUUUGUCGUUUGAAGAAUGCUGUAUAAAUGGGGUCCUGUGGUAUGUAAGUGUGGGGACUGGCUUUCUUCACUCGGCGCAUUGUUCUGGGGUCUCCUCCAGGCUGUUGCCCACGUCAGUCACUUGUUGCUUCGUGAUUGCUGUGUGGUAUUCCACCACAGACUCGCUGUCCUGUCUAAGGACAUCUGGGUGGGUUCCGGUUUUUGGCUAUUCCAAAUAAAGCUGCUAUGAACAUUCAUCACA